UCUUUUGUCCAUAAAAAAUGACUUAAGCUACAAAAAUGGCAUGUUUGCUAGUGGGGAUGUUGGGGAAUGCUGACACACAGGUAGUCAUUAAGGCGUGUGAGAGGUGUGUGUACUGGUUUGUGUGCAUUAUAGUAAUACUAAGAUGAGGUGCAGUCAGAAAGAGUGAUUUAGAAAGGGAGGGAUGGAUGAAAGAGAGUGAGUGUGAAAGGGGGAGGGAUGAAGAAGGUUAGAUUGUGCCCAGACUCAUUCUGCAUUGCUGAAGAGAGAGAGAGAGUCUAGCAGGAUCUUGUUUUGUGUAGCUGCUAGUUCAGCACUGUUAGCUGCAGUCUCUGCUUCGCUGUACCGAGGGUUUUGGCCAUGCUGUUUGCUCUGCCCAGACUCGCUGUGUUUAUCUCUGCAGUGCUGUUCAAUGGUGUUGUAGUCUGGGCAAGUACACACACGGAGCUUGAUCCAGGGUUUCUCCAGUGUCAAGAGUGUUUUUUCAGAGGCACUCCUCCACAAUCACUGUCUGAGCUGGGUUUGGAGCAGAGGUGUCACAGACAUCUGACCGCGCGGCCUUUUGCAUCGCUCUAUAACAGCAACUGCCAGACCACCGUCUAUACAGCCCUUCACCUCGGCCUGAACAAUGGAUGGGGCAGAGGAGUGCACAGCACGCAGGAUGCCAAAGAAGAAAUCAAUGAGGAUUCCCAUGUGGCCAUCCCAGCUCUUUACAGAGGAACCACCAACAUGACCCCAUCUCCCUCAAACUCCCCUCUCCUGAAAUGGGAUGCUCUGACAGCACAGCUGACACAGAGCUCUGUCGUACCGACGUGUUCAGAGAUGAGCGGGGACAUUUAUGUGCAGAUUGGUGUGGGUGGGUUUAACGAGUGUGGGGGGAAACUAUUGUGGUCAGCAGUGUGUUGUGCUGCUUCAGAUGGAGAUGGUAGUUUCAGUGUUGGGCUAGUGAAGGAGGGGGAUGUGAGAGUGCUCAGCAUUGAGGAGUUAGAGGAGCUGAUAGGAGUUACAAGCCUGUUUUCAGGAGGUUGUGGUAAAAUAGGACAUCAGAGAGAAAAAGAACUGACAUCGCUCUUGUUAAAGCAACUGAAUAAAAACAAAACACCCAACUCUGAUGCACAAAGUGAACACAUUGGCGUACAUAACACUCAGGAAGCAGGAACACAAGAAUCAGAUAACGAGGACAUGACAGAGCAUGUGAAUGGCGAAGCCCCAAGCUACACUUCCUUCAGCUCAGACUUGGACGUUGAGGAGAGCACCAAUGAGACAGAGAGCUCAGAGUCUGUUCUUCUCUACAUUUUGUCUUCCACCAUCUCUCUCCUUUAUGCCCCCUUUUCUCCGAUCGUAAACAAGGCCAUUAACUUUCCCUUCCAGCUCACCUAUGUUCUUCAGGAAGAUCUGGCCGUUCUGGCCUCGGUGCCUGUUGACAGCUACACUUUGGUCAACAACUUGUGCUCAGGAGUGUCUUCUGGGGUUUCAUGCAUUUUUAGCACCUUGUACCAGACAGGAGAAACAAGCGUGUGCACGGUUUACUCUUGCCUCAGUCCAUUAGCCAGCAGCCUGGUCCUGGCAUUCCAGGAUGGAUUCACAGGGACGGGCACUCUAGCGUCGGAUGCCUUGGGGAUCAUGACGGGAACGGUUGGCAAUGGGUUUAGGAUCAUAAAGAUGGUUCUUGGGUCAGUUGGGGAUCAGAUGGUAGAUUACCUGUGUGCCGUAUCCUCUGAAAUGGGCCACCAGGUCUCAACAGUAGGUAAUGGGAUUGGAAGACUUACCUGGAGAAGUGGAAGAGGGGUGGGCCACCUACUAAACAUCGCUGUGUCCAUCGUAGGCGGACUGGUGGAGAAUACAAUAACCAAUGUCCUGGAAGCUUUUGGAGGCAGCUCAGGGGGAUCAUCUGAAUCACAAAUGCCUGAAUUGCUGACAUCUGAAGUGGUUGGUGAAUAGAUUUAAAAGUGUGUAAAUGCCUGUUAGAAACCUUAUUUGCAUAUUACACCACAAAUAGAGUUCAACAGUUCCCACCCACUUUUUCAGCAGUGUUGGUUCUGGAAGU